AAUUAAAAAAAAAGGAAGAAAGUCGAGGAGACGGGUGUUUCGUUGCCUCGUGAAGGAACAUAUCUUGGUGGACGCAUGUCAAAAAAUGAAAGAUGAAACGGAGGAAGAUGACGAGACGCAGCGAUCAUCCUCGAACUCGUUUCCAGAAAUCACAAGAAGAAGAAAGGUAUAGGUUUUAAGGGGGAUAAAACGAAGAGAGCUCUAAUCGGAGCGGAUGGUCGGAUCCUAUUCUGCCCGACUCUUUUGUACAACCUCCUCCGCUUCAAACUCCAAUCUCAGUUUCGAUGGUGGGAUCAAAUCGACGAGUAGCUUCUGAUGGGAGCGGUUCCAUUUCGUAAGGACGUUCCACGACUAAAGCAACUAGGCGUUGGUGGCGUAAUCACUCUUGAACCUUUUGAGACUUUGGUUCCAUCUUCUUUGUACAAUAUUGGCUUAUGAAAUGGAGCAUCUAGUGAUACCAACACGAGAUUACCUCUUUGCUCCUUCCAUUGCAGACAUAACCCGAGCUGUUGACUUCAUUCACAAGAAUGCUUUUCUCGGUAAAACCACUUACGUCCAUUGCAAAACUACCAUUGUUCUCUGCUAUUUGAUUGAGCACAAGAGUAUGACCGUAGCUGCAGCUUUUGAACAUGUCCGCUCAAUAAGACCGCAGGUUUUGCUGCAUCCUUCGCAGAGAAAGGUUGUUGAGAAAUUUAAAAGGCUACAAACUCUAGAAACCUUUGAUGCUGACAGUUAAAUCACCGGCAGAGAUUAUAGCUCUCAGCAUUUCCAGCAGCUAUGGCCAUUGUUUGCAAGACUUCUCUGCUUUCUUUUGGUUCGGUUAAAAUCUUCUAUUUUGCUCAAGAGAUCCAAAGUAAGAGACUAGCAAUGGAGACAUCAAAAUCUUAAGGUUCUUCACUAAAUCUCUUCAACACUUUUAUUCUUUAAAUAUUAUUAAAAUUUGAUCAAGAGAUCCUUAAUGGGUCUGUGGGAUAAACAUGCUCUUAGGAUAUACUCAUUGUAUAGUCUCAAAAUAGCUUUAAAAUAAAAUAAUAAAACUAUAAAAAUAGGAAGUA